AUGUUUGGAAUUUUUCCCGUAACUAACGUGUUAAACUUAAAAUAUAAUACGGUGUGUUUUAAAUGGCUAUCGCCUUUUACGUUUUAUGCAAUUUUCUCUAUAUUGGGUACCCUAGGAUUAACUAUUUUGAGUUUUAUAAGGAUGUGUCUAAGUGACUUCAAAUUACAUCUUCUAGAUAGUUUUAUUUUCUGUCUGAACGCCUUGGUAGUACUAUUAGUAUUUUUCCGUUUGGCUAUGGAUUGGCCAAAGCUGUUGUCUGUUUUUUGUAAAACUGAGACGUUGUUAAAAAAUUACCCAUACCAACGUAACUUGAAACAACGAUUUAUAAUGAUACUUUUCGUUUUAAGCACUGCUAUGUUUCUUGAGCAUUCUCUAGCUAUUGCCAACACUUACUUGAACAUAGAUGAAGAGGAAGUUUUUAAAAUGAACAGAACUAAAUUAGAGCAAUAUUUUAGAGAAGAAUUUCCUUAUAUUUUUGAAUAUACCGAGUAUUCUUUACCGCUAGCCCUUCUGAUAUUUUACAUUAACACGUGUAAUGUGUUUUAUUGGUGCUUCAUAGACACUUUUAUUAUGAUAAUGAGUUAUGCUGUGGCGUAUAGAUUCAAGCAGAUCAACGUUCAAUUAAAAACAGGAAUCAAUAAAAAGCAUGAAUCUAUCUUAUAUUGGGCCAAAAUAAGAGAAGACUAUUCGCAAACAGCAAUAUUGUGUCAGAAGGUAAACAAGAGGCUUGGCAACAUAAUUCUCAUUUCUUUUGGAGCGAAUAUGUAUUUUAUUGUGGCUCAAUUGUACAAAGGAUUAGUAACAAGACAAACAAUUGUGGACCAAUGUUAUUUCAUUUAUUCUUUCGGAGUGUUAUUACUAAGGACGAUUUGUGUAAUCAUCCACGGUUCAAUGGUACAUUCCCAAUCCAAAAAGCCUCUAAGUUAUCUGGUUUCCAUAAAAAAUGAGGCUUUUAAUAUUGAAACACGGAGAUUUAUAUUACAAGUUUACACCCAGAACACAUCAUUAUCUGGAGGACAGUAUUUUAUCAUCACAAGGAGUUUGUUGUUUCAAAUGGCAGCUUCUAUAAUAACGUAUGAACUAUUCAUGGUACAGGCUGCUAUAUCCAUUUACAUUUAAUGGUAAACCGCAGAUGUGUAAUUUAAUAGACCGUUGCAAGUCGACAUUUAAAUUUAUAUGAAGUAAAAUAUCUAGCAAUUGUUAGUCUGUAAAAAAAUAUUAAUUUAAUAUUUAUUCGAUAAGAAUCAAUAAUUGUUACCUAUAUACCUAUACAUAUCUACUUAAUAAAAUUAAAU